AUGAUGCAAAUGGUGCAGGCACAGCUAAUGAUGACCACCCAUCUCGUGGCGAAGGAGCUUUACUGGACCAGGACAUGGGUCGUAUUGCGGUUGGACGAGAAGGACGAGUGGAGCAAAAGGGACUCAGUCAUGAGCAGACUGAUUCUGAUGACGUCGGUGGUGGAGAUCGUGAUCGUCGGGGGCAAGGCCAAGGCUGCAUCCGGGUAUUACUGCACGAGAAGCACGGCCACACUGCAAAAGCUGCUGGAGCAGCGAGGAAUGCUCAUUCGGUCGGUGGAUGUGCUCGUUCGGGUCGUGGUCGCGGUCGGAGCGCUGGACGCGGUCGUGGUGGUAGAUCUGGACGUGGACGCGUCCAGGAGGUGGUGGGAGGCAGAGACCGGACCCUGA